AUGACCCAAGACGCUGUGAAACUUUGUAUAAUUGGCGACAGUGGUGUUGGUAAAACAUGCAUUUCUAGUCGAUUGGUAGACGGUACAUUCAAGCCGGACGAGAAGUCCACCAUUGGUGCUUCCUUUGUGACCACCAACAUAGAAAAUUCAAAAAUUGUGAUUUGGGAUACCGCGGGACAGGAGAAGUAUCGUAGUAUGGUAGGGAUGUAUUAUAGAGGAGCCUCUGGAGCUAUUAUAGUCUAUGACAUUACCAGUAAAACAACUUUUGCUGACUUGGACGCUUGGCAUACCGAUUUAAUGAAAACUGCUACGGAGGACAUUGUCUUGUGCAUUGUUGGAAACAAAAGUGACAUGGAGUCCGCUCGUCAAGUCUCUGCCGCUGAAGGAAAAGAGUUUGCAGAUAAGAAGAAUGCGAUGUUUUAUGAGGUCUCCGCUCUCAACGGGAAAAAUGUCACUGAACUCUUCACAGAAAUCACUCGUAAAAUCAAGUCGUCACAACCACAAAAACCUACCCCACAACCUUCAGGAGAGAACGUCACUGUCUCCGCUAACGGACAGAAUCAGCAACCAAAGAAGAAAGGUUUCUGUUAA